AUGUUGCCUGCUCCCCAUACGCGUGCUUCGUCAUUCACCGAGAUUCAUGCUGUCCGCCAUAGGGACAAGCCGGGCUCCUCGUCGAUCCGAUCAUCGCAACGGCAACCGCACCGCCGGGCUGCCGUACCUCCCGUCAUCUCAAUCCCGCUUGCCCAGCAUGGCCUGCGUCUGGAUAUUCCCGACGGUACCGUCGAUGGUUUCAAUGGCUCCCCUGGGCAGCUAUCGCCUCGUCCACGCCAGGUCAGGUACACAAUGCCGCCGUCCUCGCAUCCCGACCCAAGGUCCAGUCCUUCCACUACCUUGCCGCAGCGUUCAUUUCACCAAGUCUGGACGCCAACGUGUUUUCGGCUUGGUAACCGCCCACCUAGAAGACUAUCCUUGAACCUUCCAGCACAUCAUCGGCCUGUACAUGGCAGAGCCAUCCCAUCACAUUAUCUGUCAUCUCCCAUGUUCGGUGGUGCCAGUCCAUCGACGCAACGAUACCGUGCCAACGUGGACCAUACGCAUGUCGCCGGCCUAUUGGUCAACCAGCCUGUUUCUGUCAUGCGAGAGAACAAUCAAGCUGCAGCAGUCAUGAGACCUUCUCCGUCGCCCGUAACGGAGUCUCUUCCGUAUGGCCAUGAUGCGCUGCAACUCGGGCUCGGUUUGACAUCAGGAAGCUACUGGGGUCCCGAGCAAUGCCCUCAUUCAUCGUACAGUGUUGGCCAAGUUGAAAAAUUUCUCCCCCCUGGCCCCAUUCGUUAUCAUACGUCCAACUGCUCGCCCUCGACGAUCCUGGGCAGCCCACACCGCUCCGCCGAUUCUGUCACCUCCAAUGUGGAUGCCUCAUCCUGGGUCCUUGAUCACCCAAGACUUCUCCCGGCUGCGGAGGCAGCGGGUCAACCUGGGUUCAAAGAGAUGGCCCUGGCGCAUGCGAAAACGAGUUAUGUCGACCUGCUUGCGUUUCUAAGGUCCGACGGCCGACCAACCGCACCUCAGGUCAGUCCUGGCCGUGGUGUACCCGACGACGUCCUCGCUUAUCCGAGGCCAUCGCCGUCGGUAAUAUUCGAACCUGGUGCGCCGAAUCUGGCCGAGCACAUCUGUCUCGAUAGAGUCAUUGGGUGUGCCCGACCUAGCCAGCAGGUUGCGCCAGAUCACCACGUUGUUGCUGUGACAUCCUCGCAACGGGGGGCAGAGUUGUAUUCCUCGAAUCACAUGGCAGCCUUCGUUUCCGGCACACAAUCUCAAAUCGCUGACGCUUCCCCCUUGGCAAUAUCCUCAUCAGUGAUUGAAAGCGCCAAGUCUUCAUUGGACGUUCUCAACAACCUUUGCGAACAUAGUGAUUGGAGGUGGUUAGAAGGCCUUCUGCUUGGAGGUUGCCUACACUAUGGGCUAGAGAACUAUGAAGACGCACUUUCAUGGUUUGCGAGAAUCCUUCAUUUUGACCCAAGGCAUGUGGAGGCCGUUACAAAUUUUGCUGCGACAUUGUAUUGCCUUAACCGUGAACAAGAUGCCGAAAACCACUGGCUCAAUGCUGUAACGCUGUGUCCGGGUUACCUGGACGCCACGGAACACCUGCUUGGCUUGCUGUACAAGAGUCGUGGCGAAGAAGCUGUCCGAAUCAUUGCCUAUGUGCAGCAAGCCCUCAAACUCCCUUCAACAGCAGCAAGUCAGUUGAGUCUCACCGAGAACGAAGGAUUCGGCUCCAGUGGCUACGCAUUACCCGGGCGCGAGAAUGGCAGAAUGCUCGCACUGGUACAUGCCAAAGCCACUAUGCAAUACAAUCUGAAGGAAUUGGACAAUGCAGCAGAGUCAUUUGAAGAGGCCGUCUUAAUCGGCGCAGGUAGGCGCUUUGGCGGUAUUCAAGACCUGAUAGAGCGUGUACACACUGUUCUGUCAUCGGAAUCACCAAGCACCGGAUCUCGAGACGAAAGACGACAACCGCUCUGCCCGCUGAUGCUACCUCCAGAGAGUGCACUGGAUACGGCACGCCGGGUGUUUCCGGGCCGGGGCGAGUUGCCCGGCCUGCACUUCGUGCGAGAUGUGCAUUCCAAGCAGGCCGCGAUUCAGACCACCAGCAACUCGCUGCUUUCGCUAGCCAAGAUUUUCCAAGACACCAUGUCCAAGAGCGGUGGGGAUCACGCCAUGAUCCAGAACUUGCCUGGUGUUGGCGAUAUCCUAUGCCUCUACUACCUCUCAUUUUCUCUCCAAGAGAGCCCGUCGACAGCCAACAACGUUGGAAUUCUACUUGCUGGAGUACAACAGCACGCUCUCUGCACGUCGGCAUCGUGGUCUUCCAAUCAUGCUGCCACGCCAAACAUCCCCGGCGCUUCCCACAGAAGCGGGACUGCUCUCGCCUUCUCGUACUACAAUUACGGGCUACGACUGGAUUCGAAGCAUGUCCAUCUUCACACAAACCUUGGAAGCUUGAUGAAAGACGUCGGCCAUCUGGAUCUCGCAAUCCAAAUGUACGAGCGAGCCGUCAUGUGCGAUGGAUCAUUCGAAAUUGCCUUGACCAACCUUGCCAACGCCGUCAAGGACAGGGGGGACAUAAAUGAAGCUGUUGAAUACUACCGCCGCGCCAUCAGCUCGAAUCCUGAAUUUACCGAGGCUGUAUGUGGCCUGCUGACGGCACUGAACUCGAUCUGCAAUUGGCGAGGUCGUGGCGGAGUGGUGCUCGAGUCGGGAAAAUACGACCGGUGGCAUGUCGACGAUGAAGGAAGGCUCAUUGACGCAAGAACAAGCGGUACGAGUUGCGGCUUGAUCAAGCAGGUCGUUGAUAUCGUCACGCAGCAGAUCGAGGACGCCUCUUAUUGGGGCCGGCACACGCUCCGGGAGCCGGUCAUCACGGCGCUGGCCACCGAGCUUCAGCAUCUCUGUCACAAGUUCGAUCUAGAUUGCGCGAUACGACAAUGGGCAGGCAAACCUUGGGAGGGAUCACGGGCGUUACGCCUCAUAGAACGUGCCACUCGGUUGAUUCUUCGCAAAUGGUAUCUGGAACGCCGCCAUGCCACGGGCCGACAGUCGGAAGGGCCGUACUUCCGGCCAAGACUUCCUCCGGGCCUCAAUGUGCCUGCAGCGCCAACCGUGCUCCCAUUCCAUACUUUCACGUGCCCUUUGACAGCGAAGGUCAUUCGAACAAUAUCGCAACGCAACGCGAUGCGCAUAUCUUGCGCCACGUUGCGAUCACCGUGGCUGCCAUGUACAGUGUACCCGCCACCAGCUCCGCCCGACCCCCAUCUCAACGUUGGCUACGUAUCUUCUGACUUUAACAACCACCCGCUGGCGCAUCUAAUGCAAUCGGUCUUUGGGCUGCACAACCCCGACCGCGUUCGAGCUUUCUGCUAUGCCACAUCGAGCAGCGAUGGUUCGACCCAUAGACGAAAGAUAGAGAAGGAGGCCCCGGUAUUCCGCGAUGUCAGCCAUUGGCCCUCUGACAAGCUGAUAGAUCAGAUUAUCCAAGACCAGAUCCAUAUUUUAGUCAAUCUCAACGGUUACACAAGAGGAGCUCGGAAUGAAAUUUUUGCGGCCAGGCCAUGCCCCGUGCAGAUCUCGUUCAUGGGCUUCGCAGGCUCACUGGGAGCAGAGUGGUGUGAUUAUCUGUUGGCCGACAAAACAGCUAUCCCCCUAUGCACCCUGCGUCCAUGGCGCGACAACAUGACUAUCGAGGGCGUUUUCCAUGACAACAAUGAAGGUGAUGAUGGCGGGUGGAUGUAUUCAGAAAACAUAAUUUUCUGCCGCAACAGCUUUUUCUGCUGCGACCAUGCCCAGUCUUGCGAGAGCCAUGAACGGAGGAUGUCAUGGGAUGAGGAGCAGCGGCAGCGAUGGGCCAUACGGCGGGAAAUUUUCCCAGCUGUCGCGGACGACAUUGUCAUUCUGGGAAACUUCAAUCAGCUGUACAAGAUUGAUCCCACUACAUUUCGGUCGUGGCUAAGGAUCCUGGCCGGGGUCCCCAACGCAGUCCUAUGGCUUCUGCGCUUUCCAGAAUCGGGCGAGAGCAAUUUGAGGGCGACGGCCAAGGCUUGGGCCGGAGCCGAGGUAGCAAGCCGGCUCAUUUUCACCGACGUCGCCCCAAAGAACCAGCACCUCUCGCGCGCCCGUGCUUGUGACCUCUUCUUGGACACUCCAGAAUGCAACGCGCACACGACAGCAGCGGAUGUCCUGUGGUCCAGCACGCCGCUUCUGACGCUGCCGCGAUACCCAUUCAAAAUGUGCUCUCGCAUGGCAACAUCCAUUCUGCGGGGCGCGCUGCCCACAUCAGCUGAAGGCUCGCAAGCGGCCCGGGAACUCACAGCGGAGAAUGAGUCGGAAUACGAAGAAACGGCCAUUUCGCUCGCUUCCGGAUUGACUUAUGUUCAGUUGGAUGAGCUCGACUACGCCGAGGGUCGUGGGCGGCUGGCGGAGAUGCGAAAGCUCUUGUGGCAUAGCAAGUGGCAAUGCGGACUGUUCAAUACCGGCCGUUGGGUGAACGAUGUGGAGACUGCAUACGAAGAGGCCUGGCGACGAUGGGUCGAAGGUGUUGGGGGCGAUAUUUACCUCUGA